CCGCAAUAGAAAUUUCCAGUCGGGAUGAACAGCGCCGAGAGCGACAUGGCGCGGCCGCUGCCGACGGACCUCCUCGACCCCCUCGACAAGAUGACCUCGGAGACGCGGUCCCAGCGCCUCAUGACGGAGCUGGCCGCGCUCUCGGCCGACCGCGAUCAUGUGAUCUCGAUGGAGUCGCUUACGUACCUCAGUGCCAUGGGCCGCGUCGAAGCGAUCAAGCUAGCAGUGGAGAAGCCUCUGGCCGACGCCCCGACCAAGGGGACCGACCGCGUCUCGGCGGACGCGGCCCGGCGGCAGCGCGUCGAGGAGCUCACGCGCUUCUUCAUGGAAGCCAAGUCGGACAUUGAGUUUGCGCUGAGCGGAGGCCUGGGGCGCCGCGAGCGUGCGCGACAAGACCAAAUCGACUCGGACGGCAAGUCGGACGAGGAGAAGAGCGAUGCAUCGAUGCAGGAGGCGAGCAUGGACGACGCCACGCCCGACAGUGUGACCGACGAGGCGCCGCCCUCGGCCGAGCGCACGCAUUUUCAGCUCCUCUCAGACCCGAUCGACGCGCGGGUGUUUCACCCGCUCUUGCUCUCGAUCCGCGACUCGGACCCGCUCUUGUACGGUACGAUGUUGUGCCAUCCCCUCGUGGCGGUGCACGACCCGCGACGCGAGAAGCAGCAGAAGGUGCAGCUUCCAUCCAAAACAAAGAAGAAGAAGCAGAAGAACGACAUUCCCGCAAUGUACCAGCCCGACUUUGCGGCGCCGCUGCUCACCGACGACGAGGCGACCGUGCACGUCGCGCGCUUUGUGGCCCGCGCGUUGGCCGACGGCACGAUUCCGGCGCUUCUGCUUGCAGCCCAAGUUGUGUUGUCGUUUGACCUGAGCAAGCAAUACCCGCUUGUGUCGCACCUCAAGGUCCUGCGCGGCGAAGCCGCUCCGGGGGAAUCAGCGCCAGCCGUGCCCAAGGUACAGCCCAAGAAGCCGCUUGUGCCGAGCUCCGACGUUGUCUUGGACACGGCCGACUUUAUGAGCAGCGUCAUGGAGCUCGAAGGAACUAUGGGGCCACUUGCGGCGCUCCGGUCGCGCUUGGGGCGACUCGAAGAUAGCAUGGACGAAGACAUGGACGCGAUGAGCAACAGUAGUAGCAGCCAGCUGCCUCUCGAAGAAGUCGCCGACGAAGAAGCGCUCAUGGCCCGGGCGAUCGCACUCUCGUUGUCGCCCGAGCUGCAGGUGAAGGACGCCGACGCGAUCGAGUCCACGGUCGAUAUGGACACGUUGUUGUCGGAGAAUGCGCCAAAGGCCUUGCCGACAGCAUACAGCCCCGAUGAGCUCACGGCGUUUGCCAUCUUUGAUCUUUCGUCCGCAAGCGAUGCCGCUGUCGCCGGUAGUGUCGUGCUGCAGUAUCUCUGGACUGGCGUUCACGUCAUCUGCCGCGAGUACGUUGAGCUCGCCGAGACCAAGCGCACCGUGUCCUCGAGCAACCCGAUCGUACCCAACCCGCUCGCGUUUCUCUUGCUGCAGUCGAUGCUCGCCCGGGUCGGAGCGCAUGUCGACGUCUCGGACCGCGACGCGUUGGUGUUCACGUCGGGGGGCCUCGUGCUUUUGCAUGCGCUUGAUGCGUACCUCUUUCAUGUGCAUGUCAUGGGCAUUGCGCCGGCGUCCGUGGGCCUUGGCCAGUCAUCGACGAACGCGAACCCGUUGCCACUGGCGCUCAAGAACGUACUUUUGCACUACAUGGCGGGUCUUGAAGGUCCCGACGCGCCUCUCGACCCGAUCGUGUUUACCGACGCCUCGGCGUCGCUAUCAGCGUCUGUUGCACGGUACCGAGCGUGCCUUCCAGCGCAGGCGCGUGUGACGUGGGCCCGCGGCAUUGCGCACUUUUAUCCGACGCAUAGCGAGCGCCACGCGCUACUACAUUCGCUUCUUGAGCAGCUCCCACAGUCGCACGCACAAGUCGAUUUGCUUUGUACCCGUCUCGCAAUCCCGGACCUUGCGCUCGGGUUUGUACCUGUGCUGCACGAAGAGUACAGUGCCGAGACGAGCCCGCGAACGCUUCUGGACGACGAUGCACUCGUAAGCUCCAAGCUUUGCAUCUGGCCGCCGUCACUCGUGCGUGAGUCGCUCGAAGCGAAUACGUGCCGUUCAUCAAGCAUUAUGGACUUUUUGCUGACGGUUGCACCGGGUUUGUUUGACGUGACGACCACGAGAGACGCGUCGCUGGACACGGUCAUGAGCAUGUACGCGCAAGCUUUUGAGAGCCAAGCCGAUGCGCUCAAGCAGACGUGGUCGCAUCUGCUGCCGACCAUGCAGAAGCUCACAGACUACGUCGCCAACGAGCCCGAGUUCCGCAUGGUCGCGUUGCCGACACCGGCGUUUUCGUCUACGACGGUGCCACAUCUCGGUAAGGCGCCCAACGCGCGCCUCCAGCUGCUCCGCGCGCUCCAAGAUGGCCUUCUUGCGUCGUUGCAUGGCUCGAUAGCGGGUGACGAGCCGACGCGUCUCGAAUUUGAUGGUGCGCGCUGUGCCGACACGCUUACACUUGUGGACGGCCAAUCAAGCGCGAAGCAACACACGGCCAAACAAUGGGGUAUGGUGCUUUCGACGUACGGCUGCGCACCGAAUACGGGCCUUCAUGAGUGGGCCGUACGUCUCGAUCGGUGCGAGAAGGGCCACGUCUUUCUUGGUGUGAGUACUCGAGAAGCGUCGGUCGCGACGUACGUGGGAGGUGACCGUCACGGCUGGGGCUUGAUUGGCACGCGCGCGCUGUGGCACAACCGGUCCAAGGUCCGUGGUGACUAUGGCGACGGCUUCAGCACCGGCAGUGUCGUGCGCAUCCGACUCAACACGGACACGGGCGCGCUUAGCUUUGGCCUCCUCGACGACGACUCGGACUGGGGCAUUGCGUUUGAUGGCUUGACGCAACAUGGCACUCUGUACCCGGCGAUCGGCCUCUACCAACGUGACGACCAGGUCACGCUCGUGCCGGCGUCGCUCGGCUCCUCGUCUGCGACGAUUAGUGCUGACCACGCGAUUACGCCCUUGUACCAAGAGGUCGUGUUGCACACCUUCUUUGAGUAUGUGCACUCAGUCGUCGAGUCGCUGCCCGAUUUUUUGCUCGCGCUUGGUUUGCCGCUCUUCAGCUCGCUGUGUUUGCUCGUGCGCCAGGCCCAGCGCAACCCGAACCACCCGCUUGCAACCAUGUUUGCGUUGCAUCUCCUUCCCAAGUGCAUGGAAGUGCUGCUGCGUCUGGAUGAACCAAAGUCGACGACAAACCAACAAGGUCAGCUCGGUCUUGCAAUCGACGGCAAGUGGGAACUCAAGAGCAUGGCCGCCGGUACGAUCCCCGCCCAGCAAUAUGUUUUGGACAUCGACCAAUCGCCUGACGGUGGUAUGCGUGGGCACAGUGCCUCGUCUUCGGUGGCCGUCGAGGGUGUCGUCCGAGGCACGCGUGUCUCGUUUGUCGAGACGUGGACGCAAGGUGGCACGUGUCUUGUCCAGGGCCGACUCCGAAUUGAUGGCCGUGUCUUCCACGGCACGUACGAAGACACCAAGAGCCACACGAUCGGCAGUAUUGUCGGCAGUGCGCUCCUGCCGCGAGCAUCGCCGUGCCCGAACCUCAAGCUCAUUGUUCAAAUGGUCGUGGGCACGCUCAUCGGUGCUUACAACACGGUGCUACUCACGAGCGACCCAGAGCCAAGCGCGUACCAGAGUUUCCACGCAAGUGACGAGACGGACAACACGUCGCCGUUGUCCCCGGAAGCUACAACCGAGGAGUACGAAGAGUGGGUGCAGAGCCCGCUAUUUAGCGGAGGUCUUCCAGAGCUUUUGCCGCACGUGACCGUCGCCGCUCAGCGUUUUGCUGUGCCAACUGCUCGCUGGUCCGCGAUGGCGUCACGAUGGACUCAAGCCGUGUCACCGACGCUCACGUCUGUCCCUGUGGAGCCAUCGACAUUCUUGGCGGAUCUUAUCGCCGGGCGCAACGAUGUCGACGCGCAUAUCACCAAGCACGCUGGCGAGUCGCCGUUCUUGCGUCUCGGUGGCGACGCGAUGAAGACGGCGCGGCGUAUGAUCUGCGCAUGCAUGCUCUGGCACACGGGCUUGACGCUCGACAACAUGGUCAUCUCGGAGACUGACCGGCCGCACGAGAACGUACUUCACAUUUGGCGCGCGGCCCAGCGCGUGGUCGAAUGGAGCGUGCGCAUGAAGCAACAACAUUCGCACAGCUACAGCGAUAUGGCCACGUACCUCAUGCAACGCGCGCGGUUCCUCUUGCAGCUUCAGAACCCGCUCGCGCUCAAUUGUGCGUCCUCGGAGCGCCUCUUUUCCGAGACACUCAUGCACGUCUCGCGCUUCCUCCAGGCGACGGGUACGCACUUGGGUAAGUUGCAUCAGCUGCUCUUGCGCAACGCGGGCCGCGCGUACUUUCGUGCCAUGGGCUUGCACUCGAUGCGAUUUGUGCUCGAGCUCGGCCUCACCAACUCGUCGAGCGCCCUCUGUCAUGCGCUCCAGUGGCUGCAUCUGGACCCGCUCGCCGAUAAGACGGCGCUCCAGAAGCUUCGCAUGCACCACUUUGACCAUGGCAUCCACGGCUGCGGCCGCGUGCUCCAUGGCCACGUCAAGGAUGCGUGGGAAGCGUUGUACGCCCACUUGGCGUCGACCUUGUCGCGCGCGACGUGGGCCAAGGACGCGGAUCUACAGCUUGUCGUGCUGCAAGCGUGGGGUGUGCUGAUUACACCGGACGACCACGCCUUUGUGUCGCGCGUCGGUAUUUUCCGCAUUUUGCAGACCGUGCUUGACGAGGCCCGGUCCAGCGCGAUCGUGCCCAAACACAUUGUCCAAGCCGCGCUCAAGGUUGUGCAUUUGCUCGCGGCCCAAGUUGCGACUGGCACACUCCCCGAAGAAACGUCGGUCGCGACGAGUAUCCCUCUCUCGCGCAAGCCGUCGGGCCCAGAAACCCUCGGCAAGUCGGUGUUCGAGAUGCUAUUCACCGAGCUGCGGAACGCUCAAGAAGGCUCGGCGUCCAAGGAGGCGCAGCAAUAUGGCCUCCAGAUCUGCGGGCUUUUGUACAGCGUAAGUACGGCGCCGCUCUGCCGGCAGCACUUGUCCUCGCCCAAAUGGUUGCGCCUUCUUUUGCGUCUCGUCGAGACUGGUACGUCGCCGGUCCAACGCCGCGUACUUCAGCUGCUGCGUCGCCUCUUGCCGCACAUCCAUCCGCGCCGCUGCGUCCAGUGGGCCGAGGCUGACGAUGACAUGGAAGAUGACACUAUGAUGCUGGACGAUCCCGCGCCGGGUCAUACACCAUCGAGCCUCGUCGUCUUCUUCCUCACCGUGCUGGCGUCGUCGCUGCCCGCGAGUUUUGCACAGUGGCAACUCACGCAACUGGCAGGACCGAGCUCGCCCUCGCGCCUCUCCCCGGGCUCCUCGCACGGACUCGUCGGUGAGGUGGUGCAUCUCUUGCGGUCACUCUUUGUCGCGGACGGUUGGAAGAGUAUCUUGCACGACGUGCUUUUGGAUGCUCUCUCCAAGCAAGAGACGUUGUUUGUGUCCGAAGCCGAUGCCCCGGAUGCGCUCUUGUCGCAGUGGACGGCGUGGUAUCGCGACCAGAUGCAAGCCUGUGCCGCCCUUUGCGUCUUGGGUGGGCACAUUGAAGGCCUCCAAGUGGGUCACAUGGUCAAGCUGGCGCCACGCCCGAGCUCGUCAGAUGUGGUUUUCAAGGGGGCCAAGGGCGUCUUGGUCGGCAUGGACCUCGACAAGUCGUCGGUCGAGGUACUGCUGCAAAAGAGUAGCGAGUGGACGGGCGCGGGUGCGUCGACGAGCACGAGCAACAACCGCCCGAUCCGCGUCGCUCUCGAAGACAUUGUACAGUGCCCCGAGGUUGAGUGGAAGGACAUGCAGCCCGAAGUCGUUCAACGCCUUGUUGUGCACCAUACGCCGCAGUUUCUUCAGGCCGUCCUCGGCAUUGCCGCCCCGAGCACGACCAACGCGAGUGAAGACGAGAACAAAGAGCCCAAGGACGCCCCGUUGUCGAUGGACUUGAUUCGCUCCGUGGUCGACGAAGAGCAAAAGAUGCUGCAAGCGCUUGUCGGCCUGCACGGUAUCCGCGCAAUGGGGCCGUGGUUGCACCAACCCGCGUGCCCCGCGUGGCUCCAGCCGACGCUGCCGUUGCUCUGUCAAGUGGCGACGCUGCCCACGUCGACAAGUGGGCUCACCGAUUUGAGUAUCCUCGAAGAGCAGUGGCUCCUUCUCUACCGCAAGUGGCUCGAGGAGCACCAGGGCAAGUUUCCCAAAGAGGCGUCCCCCACAUCGGCGGCAGCGGCAACCGACGCUGACGCUUCAAAGUCGGCCCCAGCUGCAGCGGCGCCACCGUCGGCCAUGUGCCUCCAGAUGAUGGAGAUGGGCUUUCCGCGCGAAUGGUGCGAAGUUGCGCUUGCCAAGUGCGCGUACCAAGUUGAAGUGGCCAUCAACUUUUGCUUCGAGCACUCUAGCGAAAUGGACCGACUCGUGCAGCAAGCGACUCAAAAAGCCAAGGCGCCGGCGCCGCGCAAAGAGCGCGCGGAGCCGUCUGUGCCACCGAUGCUUCUUGAGCAGCUGAGCGAAAUGGGUUUUCCAGUCAACUGGUGCAAGAAGGCCCUCUUGGCGAACCGCAACAAUGUGGACGCGGCGCUCACGUGGAUUCUCUCGAACGGCGAAGCGCUCGAAGCCGAAGACCGCCGCGAAGAAGAAAAGGCAAAGGACGUUGUCGAGCAUGUUGAGCGAUCGACGGUGCGGCAAGGUCCCAACCCACUUCGGCACAUUAGUGGGCAGGCAUCGAUCUCGGACGAUCUGCUUGUCGAAGGCAUGGCUGGUGGCGGCUUUGCUUCUGUCGGCGCGCCGGACUGCAUCGUCUUUACGGGUCGUUGGUACUACGAAGCGACGCUGCUGACGUCGGGCUGCAUUCAGAUUGGCUGGGUGGACGCUGCGUUCUCGGGUGCCUCGGAGCGUGGCACGGGCGUCGGCGACGGGCCGCACUCGUGGGCCUAUGAUGGCUGGCGCCAGCAAAAGUGGCACGGCCUCAGCAGCCCGUAUGGCCGCAAGUGGAAGGUCGGUGACAUCAUUGGCUGCGGCGUCGACUGCGACGCUGGGACCAUCUUCUUUUGCCUCAACGGCGAGUACAUGGGCGUGGCCUUCCGCGGCAUUGACGUGAGCGGUGGUCUCUAUCCGUGCGCGAGCUUCAACCGGCGCGAGCGCCUCGCCUUCAACUUUGGUGGUCUGCCCUUUUGCACGACGUCGCUUGCGCAUGCCAACUUUGCGCCGAUCUUGCACACGCUUCCGACGGACCCAGCGACGUACGUCAAGGGGUCGCUCGAAGACAGUCUCGAAGAGUGCAUGGGUGAAGAGCAAUACGCAUCGGACGCGCGGUACUUUGGAAAGGACCUCAAGGCUGCGGCAACCGUCCCGGGCCGCGCCAAGCUUCAAAAUGCGGUGGUGCUGCAGUCGUCCUCGUCGUCGGCGUCGCUUCUUGGUGACUGGAUGCAGCUCACGCGCCAGUUGGCCAUUUUGCAUGCCCGCAAGGCUCUUUUGGCCAUAUGGAGCCAGUGGCCCGUCGACUUGGCCGUGCCUGACGUACCCGCCGAUUCGUUUUACACGUUCCUCAAGCUCGUGGCGCCGUAUGCAACCCAGGUGACGAAUGAUGACGCGAUCUUGUCGUCGCUCGACACGCUGCGACCGCUCACGCUUCAGAUGCUCGCGUCGCACCCGGGUCUCGCAACGUCGAUGCUGUCGGCGCUGAGCGACCAUGUCGCCCUCGCUGGCACGCGCAAGUACGCCAAGAUUCCGUGGGACGCACCCAACGAGCUUGUGGUCUUGUCGAGCCUCGCGCAGCUGAACGACGCGCCGUGGACUGACAACGAAGUGCUCACGCACCCCAACGUGCACUUUGCCGAGUGGGUGACGUUUUUGUUGCUGGAGCACGGCCGCCCGUCGGUGCGUGAAGCGCUUCUACAGGCGUGGAUUUGUGUGCUCAAGUCGCCCAGUCUGUGCUUGAAGGACAAGGCCGCGCAGCUAUUGUCUCGGUUCGUGCCUGAGAUGCCGCUGGAGACGAUUACGCACUUCCCGCUGGAGCGACUCGUCGCCCUCUGCGCGCAGCGCCUCGCAAAGGAGUAUGUGCACUUUCCCAUCUGCUCCAAGUACCUCCAACACCUCAUGGAGCUGACGUCGACGUUGUGCAUUGUGCACGGUGACGUCUUGCCGACGAGUUCGCUCGCCCAACGCGUCUUGGCCGCGAAAGCAGCGUACGAAACUUUGCAGCCGCUCGAGCUCCUCGAAACGUCGUGCGUGGACGAAGUCGAGAAGCAGGACGAGUCGAUGGGCGACGAUGACGACGAGGAUGGCAUGACACCGCCGCCGCCACCACCGCCAAUGGAUUUGGCCGCGAUUGCGCAAAUGAAUGCCGAAGACAAGAACGGACAGCCUGUGGACGCACCGGUCGCGACUGCUACGCGCUCACCAGUGCCUCCGUUCCCGCUGCAGCUGGUCGACAGCUCACUUUUGACACCCGAGCAGCGCGCGCACAUGGAAGCAGCGUACCUCGGGUUCAAAUCGGGCGCUCCCGUCUCAUGGCCGUAUGGCUUUGACAUGGGUGUCGUCUCGGAUGACGCCAAGGCGCAUCUAUGGACGGGCACCGUAACACAGCUCAAGGUUCAGCGCCCCGUGGACGAUCUUGAGGCGGCCAAAGCUGCGGCUGAGGUCAUUCCACCGCUUGGUAUUGGCUGCAAGGUCAAGCGUGGUCCGCACUGGAAGUGGCGCGAUCAAGACGGUGGCGAUGGCAUGAUUGGCACCGUCGAAGGGAUCAGCCCCUGGAGCGGCGUCGAAGGCGAGGGCAUGAGCGUCCGCUGGCCUAACGAAGCGCUCUACACCUAUCGAUGGGGUGCUGACGGCAACUACGAUCUGACGCACGUGGAAGUCGACGACCAAAACAACGUGGUGCGAACGUACCCUACGCCCAAGCCGACGGUUGGCGCGACGCUCUCUGCUGCGGACAUUCUCGCCAACCCGUUCUCAGUCGAGCUUCACUUUGGCAUGGUGCUCCGAGUGUGGCCGUCGACGCAUCACGGUCGUGUUGAGGGCGUCGUUGAGUGGCCGGACCAUCAAGCUGUCAUAGCAGUCGCCGGGACGUUUGCGGACCACACGUUGCAGCUGCAAGAAGUGGCAAUGCUUCAAGGUGACAUGGACAUGGGCUGGAGCUUGCGCUUUGGCUGCGAACGGUGGCUUCCCGGCACCAAGUACUCGCUCGUCGUUGACGCAUCGACUUGCUGGGGCGACGCUGUCUACUAUGGAUGGCACGAAAAAACGUGGUCGCUUGUCAAGAGCCAAGUGCGGCUUCAGUCGGAGCUGCUCUUCUCGCUCGACCCGCACGCCGCCAACGCGGCGCUGCAAGUUGCGACCGACGGACAAAGCGUGCAGUGCCUCAGCGGUGACUCGCGCAACCUCGUGCUGGGCACGGUCGGCUUUAGUGCCGGUGUGCACUACUGGGAGCUGCGCGUCGACCAGGCCGAGUUUGGGUCGGUCUUUCUCGGUGUCUGCGAAAAGCAGACCAAGGGCACGACGGUCGUCAACCUCAACCGGUGGCAGGGCUGGGGCUUUGUCAACUUUCGCGCGACGUACCACAACUCGACUGAGCGCAUCUACGGCGAUCACUUUAACGCGGGCGACACGAUUGGCGUCUGCCUCAACAUGGAGUCGGGCAAGCUCUCGUUCUUUAUGGACGGUAUCAAGUACGGCGAGCACAUUGUGACAGACCUUGGCACGGCGUUCGAAGGUCUCAAGCACGACAACCAGAGCCCGAAGACGCUGUACCCGUGCAUUGGUUUGCGCAAGGCCGGCGACAAGGUGACGCUCAACGGCAAGUGGAUCAGCUCGCCCGGCGUUCCCCCCGCACUGGUGUGCAAGACGGCCAUGGCAUUUUCGUCGCUGGUGCACCGCCUCGUGCAGCAGCCGCCGGCGCCGCUCCCAGAGUCGUUUGUCCACAGCGGGUAUCGGCAGUACCACCGGUGGCUCACGCAGCACACACUGCGGGUCCUCACGCGUGGCCGUCUCUCUGUGGACCUUGACACGGCCGUGACGAGUUGCCAGCGCGUCUGUGACGCUGCGCAAGCACCGAUUGCAAUCGUCGCUGGCGAUCGCGUCCGGAUUCUCUCCAAGGGCGGCCGCGCGCUGGACGCACCCGAGGAAGCCGUCGUCUUGGGCGUGUACCGCGACCGCCUCUGGUACCGCGUCGAAACCCAGGGCAACGAAGGCAGCGAGGAAGGACGGUCGUACGCGUGGUACUGGGACGGCGCCGAGCUACCUGAGCUUAUUCUUGUCAAGCGCAACGGCAUCGAUGUGAGCGCGAGCGCGAUUCCAGCGCCAGCGCCGUCGAGCACCCCGGAGCUCCACGCAGACGAGCUUUUGGCGCUUUCGAGUCUUGGCGGGUACCAAUCGCUCGCGCUCGCGCCAGUGCACUCGCUCUCGACCGACGUGCAGCUGAUUGAGCACCUCAACGGCCUCUGUGCGACGCACGGCGUGGACGCCGUCAACCUCUCGUGGUCGCACAUUCAAGCUGUGCAGCAGCCGCUUCCCGUGGAUGGUCUCUCGGCCUCGAUGCUGCGCGCUCGUCUUGCGCUCCUUCUUGCCUUCCAGCAGCUCGUGUUGCAAGCGAGUCCGCUCUUGUGCUUUGACGAUGGGUCGCGCACGAGCCGGGAGCUCCUCACGCUGCGGCGUCUCGUGUGUACGAGCACGAAGCUCGGCCUUUGGGACAGCGUUUUGCGCGCGACGACGACCGCGACGCCACUUCCGUCCGACGAGUACGAAGACCCGCGCGAAAUUCGCGUCUUGCGCAUCAACCGCAUCCAAGCGCAGGCGUCCAAGCUCGCCUUGUGUCCUGCGCCGUCCGACCGCCUCCGCAAGUCGGUGUUUGGCCAACUUUAUCGCGAGAUGCGCACGUGGAGCGACUCUGGCUUUCGGCGCGCGUACAUUGGCAAGGGCCAUGGUGGACAAAAGCGUGCGUUCAAGGUCAAGUUCCUCGGCGAGGGUGUCAACGACUAUGGCGGGCCGUACCGCGCGGUCUUUGAGCAAAUUGUGGACGAGCUCCAGAUGGACCAGGUCGAAGUGACCAAGGGCGAGCAAGGCUUGCUGCCGCUCCUCGUGCCGUGCCCGAACCGUCGCGCUGGCACGGGCAGCAACCAAGACAAGUUUGUGCUCAACCCGAGCUGCGGCACGAUCUCGGUCGCUGUGGGCCCGAUCGCACUCGAGCUGCACCGCUUCCUCGGCAAGCUCAUUGGUAUGGCCGUGCGCCACGGCCUCCAGAUGGGCCUCGACGUGCCGUCUGUCGUGUGGCGUCCGCUCGUGGGCCUGCCGUUGCAUGUGGCCCACUUGCGUGAAAUUGAUGUCGUUGCGGCCAACAUGCUCGAGCAAGUCCAGGACGACGCGUUGAAUGGCGAGCCGCUCGUCUUUACGACGCAUCUCAGCGACGGUACCGAGGUCCCACUGCUUCCCGACGGUGACGCGCGGUCGGUCGACAGUAGCAACCGCGCCGAAUACAUCGAGCUCUCGAUUCGUAAGCGAUUGAACGAGAGCAGUCCGCAGCUCCAGGCGCUGCGCGAGGGCCUUGCCUCGGUGCUGCCGAUGGAGCUCACGGGCCUCUUUACGGCGCGCGAGUUUGAAGUGCUCGUGUGCGGUCGGCGUCAAGUCGACGUGAAUCUGCUGCAGCAGUGCACCGAGUACGAAGACGUCGACCCACAGAGCGACCACAUUCAGUUCUUUUGGCAAGUGCUCCACGAGCUCUCGAACGAAGACCGGACGCUCUUCUUGCGCUUUGUGUGGGCGCGCAGCCGCAUGCCCAACUCGGCCAAGGAGUUUCCAAUGAACUUCAAGAUCCAAGCGCCCCAUGACCAAGGCGCGCGCCAGACCCCGGAUGCGUACCUCCCGCAUGCGCAGACGUGCUUCUUCUCGCUGAGCCUGCCCGCGUACUCGACCAAGGAAAUUUUGCGCGCCAAGCUCCUGUACGCGAUCCAAAACUCGCCCAACAUGGACGCCGACGUCCGCCUGCACAACGCCGAGGGCUGGGCCGACGCCUAGGACGUGACUACACAUAUACAUACCAUGCAUAACCUCUCUUUAGAAGCGGUUCUCGAGGGCGCUAAUCGCCCGCUCCCGAACGACGGGUGCGGUCGGGUGCAUGAGCUGAGGGUGCGAGAUGGUUGCUGCCACCAAGUGCUCUGGGGCAAUCCGUCGCAGAGGCGAGUCGUUGGACGACGCAAUAUGGCUCAACAGCGCAUCUGUG